AUGGAUCCUUUUGGAUUUACUCAUCUCCGAAGUAGAGAAACGUUAAGUGUGGUACCUACGAUAUUUAAUCGUAAAUACAAAAAGUGCAACUUAAAUAUCUCAAAAUUAACGAAAUCUCAGCAAUUAUCGGUGCGUUAUCUAUACUAUCCUGUGAAUAUGCCCAUUUGUCGUUAUCAGAAGAGACUUAUUUUAGAUUCUUUAUAUAAUAAUUUAUUGUUAACAUUACCAAAAGAAUUGGAUACUUUCUUCAUUAGUGCCGUUACUAUGCUCAAUUUUCAUAGAUGGUUUCCAGUGCAGAAGAUAGUUUGCAUAUGUAAAAAUGUAGAAUCAUCGUUGAAUGCGGCAAAACGAUUCGUUGAAAUUACGGGUUAUUCACAUGGUAUUUGUGUAUAUGCUAAUUUGAAAAAGAAUGAUCGUUAUGCGGAAUGGAUGCAACAGAACAUUAUAUUUGCUACUGCACAGAGUAUUGUUGCUGAUUUCACGGGUAGAAAAGAGCUUUCGGAAAUUUGCUUGAUGGUUGUGGAAGAUGCACAUCGUGCUAUUUCCGGUUCUCAUCCUGUAUCGGAAUUAAUUCGUAAUUGUAUUCUUCAAAAAGCAGAAUUUCGUAUUUUGGCUUAUACAGAUUGCAAAUUGGAUAAAGUUGGUGAGCUGCAAUUAAUUGUAAUGAAUCUUCAAAUUGAUUUGAUUCGAUCAUUAAGCUCAAUUAGAGAAGAAAUUUCAUUAACUUUUGCUUCGCCGAAAAUGUGUAAACUCUAUAUAAAUAUCAGUGAUGAUAUCAGUCAUAUUGGCAAUGAACUACUGAAAACAAUGGAACCUAUUGCAUCAUUACUAUACGAAAGUGGUAUAUUUCCUACAAAUGAAAUUAAAAAAAUUGCGAAUUUUUCAAUAAAUUAUUUGCAACGGAAGAUACAAAGUGCGCAAGAUCAUUUGACGGAUAUUUAUUGUGAUUUUUUUGAACUUCUAUCAGCAUAUGAUAUUCUAAUGUGUGAUGGUUUGACUGCUUUCAGAAAUACUCUUCAGGCAUUGUGCAGCAAGAGUAGAACAAUUGCAGAAAUUACUCAAUCGAAAGAUAUUUUAAGAAAGACUUGUUUUCUCUCGACUCCUUUAAGAUCUGACAAUUUGCAGUGUCACAAACUGGAUAUGCUUAUUACAUUACUUACGAAAACUUCUACAUAUUAUCGUAGCAAGAAGUCAAUAGUAGUAUUAUUAUGUCGAGAUCGAGAUCCAGCAUUUGUCAAUAGUCUUCUUCUAUCCGUUACAGCGCGGCUUUCUGACAAAGAAUCUGGAUUUGCUUUUUUCCUCGUUAAAAAGAAUAAUCAUCAAGCGGAAAUUUCGGAAAGUAUGAUGAAGGAUAAAUUAUGCAAUGUUAUCAUUGUACCAUGUGGUUCUGAUGCAAUCGAAAUUAACGUCGGUUACGUAGAUUCUAUAAUUUGUAUGGAUGAAGGCCUAUGUGCGCUUCAUUAUACAGGAACAAUCAGAAUACGAUCAGAGGGAAAUCUUUCAGCGCUCUGUUCUUCAGGCUAUGAGACGAAUAUCUACAGCUUUUUGGCAAUUGAGGGGACUGUUGAUUGUGUAAAAAUGGAUCACAUUAAAGGCUUACAGCUAUGUAACGAUGUAUUACCGAUGUUGCCAUUUAAUGUUAUACCUGAAAUUGUAGAGUACUGGGCUCAAAAUGUUGAUAACAAUGAUGGUUUGCUAACGAUGGUUCAACGUUUGGAUUUUCAAGAAAGACUAGCUCUCAAUAAGCCAAUGAAUAGUUUAAAUUUGAUUAAGGACAAUCAUAGUCUAUUGGAUUUCUGUGUGAAAGAAACAUUUCUGUGGCAAGAUCGUCUGCAACGCUUCACGUUACUUGGUCACAGUGUUAGUGCUUCCAAUUUAACAAAUAUUUUCGGUGGAGACCCGAAAAUAUUGGAGAAGCAAGUUCUAAGAUUACAAAAUAGACUCAAGUUAAAAUGGAUAAGUGAAGAAGAGUCACAAUCAUCGAAAAUGGAUGAAGCAAAUUUAAUGGAAGUACAGUUGAAACACGAUAAACAUUCAAAAAUGGAUUGCUCUCGAAAAUCAUCCGGUCAGAAACGAUUAGCAAAAAGACCAUCCAAAAAAUGUGACUCGACAAAAGCACAGCGCUUGAACCGUAUUGAUUCAGCUAGCUUUACACUGUUAAAAGUGUUGAAAACAGAAUUAAAAGCAGACGACUUCGUUGACAACAUCAAAGAACAAAAUGAAUAUCGUGAACGUUUAGAAGGGAUAACUAAAAUCAUUCGAAAAUUGAAUGGUCUAGUGAGUUUAUGA